AUGCGGGUGAUUGACAUUGCAGAACUCAGAAUGGUGCAUGGUGAGUUGGCCUUCGUCAAGCACUAUCUCGAGUCAUCCGCAGAAGCCUCCAUCUUUCUGCACGGGGUUGGCUCGAAGCCGCACAGCCAGGACGUUUCCGUUUCUGAUGGCAGCGAAGCCGUGCUACUACCGCACCCUGUUCAGGACACGCGCGGAAAUACAGCUCUGCACCUGGCGGCCGCGGGGCAGCAUCCCGCAAUGGUUCGUCUUCUGGCCGCCAAGGGUGCCAACGUCAGCGCAGCCGACAUCGACGGCGUCACUCCGCUUAUGGAGGCGGCCUUCUGGGGCCGCCCGCAGAAUGUGCGGAUCCUGCUGCAGCAUGGCGCAGACCGUUCGCUGCAGUGCAUCCGCAAAGGGUGCCUCAACAAUGCCGCAGAUUACGCCAAGAGGCUUGAGCACACUGCCAUGGCUCGAGGAGGGCGCGCGGGAGACCCUGUGCGCGUUCCCACUGGCAGAGAAGACGCGCACGUAAGGAACCGCGAACGUGACGAAAUUCUCUGGCUGCUCUGCAACGAGAUGCCAACUGCUACGUCGCCUGGAUUGGAGAGGACGAGGGGUGAGCAUCAGGGCAGAGAUGGUCGGAGUCUCUUUCCCUUGACACAGCACGUUAGUCUUUUGACCGAGUCAAAGGCGGUGGCAAGACUGCAUCGUGGUCCAAAUCUUCCAGAGGUCGAUGCCAUGAGCGGUUCGGCCCCCUGUUGGGUCGAGGGAGCCUUCAUUCCGAGCCAUGAGCGGACGGACAAGGUUGUCAAUCUGAGCCAGGCGGUUUGGUUCAAGCUGCAGCCGCACAACCGCGACAAUGGCGUACCGGGGCAUUGGGAGGCGUGCCAUGCCGAAAAGAGGCUCAUCGCGUACUUUGUCGAUCAUCACUGCGCUCUUGCCGCGGACAUCUCGCUGCCAGAGGAAAUGGUCAGCCAGAGAGCGGAGGAGGAUGCUCUAGCAGGUUUCAGGGCGCAGGAGUGGCAAGAGGCCCGGCAGGAGGAGGAGAUGGCGGCUUGGAAGCAACAGUUUAAAGACUUGUGUGCAAUCAUGCCGGAGCAUAGGCUGCAGGAUGCGACCAUCAUGGUGAAUAGGCCCGUCUGCGUAGAGUGCAAGCGCUUCGUUGCGCAAGUGAACAAGGCAGCCGGGAUAGCGCUGAGUAUACGCCAUUCGUGCUCGGAGAAGGAAUGUCGUGAGUGCUCCGGUUAG